GGAGCGCUCCGCACCGCCUCUCCGGGCUGAGCCGCUCCCGCAGAGCCGCGAGGGAGGGAGGGCAGCGCCGGGCGGCAGGAUGCUCCCCGUCGCCCUCGAGGUGCUCGGCAGCCUCCUGGCCUGGCUGUGCCUCUACGCCGCCUUCUGCCGCUGGAACGGGCACCGCUCCCCCGAGUGGAACUGCCGCCUGGUCACCCUGCUGCACGGGGCCACCGCCGCCUGCCUGUCCGGGUACAUCGCCCUCUGGGACGGCCCCUGGCCUCUGAGCCACGCAGGUUCACCAAACACCGCUCUCCAGGUCCACGUGCUGUCCCUGACGCUGGGUUACUUCAUCUUCGACCUGCUCUGGUGCCUGUACUUCCAGACGGAGGGGGACCUGAUGCUGCUCCAUCACACGCUGAGCAUCUGCGGCAUGGUCCUGGUGCUGGGGCUGGGCAAAUCUGCUACCGAGGUGAACGCGGUGGUGUUUGUCAGCGAGAUCACCAACCCGCUGCUGCAGACCCGCUGGUUCCUGCGGGAGCUGGGCCGCUACCACACCUUCCUGGGAGAGGUGGUGGAUUUCUGCUUCGUGCUCCUCUUCCUGGUGCUGCGCAUCGGCGGAGGAGCUCUGAUCAUGUACGCCAUGGUGACGGCCCCGGAUCCCAACUGGAUCCUCAAAGCAGGGGGCCUGGCCAUGUACAUCGUGUCCUUGGGGUUCAUGGUUGAGAUCUGCCGCUUCGUUCGGAGGAAGAUGUUGAAAAAAUACCACGCCUGGACGCACCUGAGGGGUGUGAAUGCACCUGUCAAAAUGAAUGGGCACUUGGCAGCUCACUGACAGUGGUUGUGGAUGGGGCCCCGGCUGCUGGAACC